GGAGGCUCUGCCCUUUGCCUUUGCUUAAAAAUCAAAAGUCUAUUCGCAAGGAGAGUCUCGAGAGCAACUGCUGCAGCUGCUGAAAAAGUAGAAAAACUAAAAUAAUUUUAACAAAAAAAAAAAAAAAAAAAAAAAAAACAGCUGUGAAAAUUGUUAGAGCAAUGCCGCCCAGACGCAGUGAGCGCUUGCGUUUGCAACGCGAGGACGCUUCCCCAGCCCAGCCCGGAGCCGAGCCCAGAGCUGAGCCGAGGUCAGCGAGCAGUCGACCCGUUCGCCGGCGCUCUCAUGGAACGCGCGCCGCACAGCCGGCACGACAGGCGAGGAUGAACGCAGUGGUGGUGCCGCUGGAUCAGCGGCAUGAUCCGCGCACCUGGCUGCAGCUGGAGGCGCACAGGAACUCCAGGGCGUUGGCCAGCCACAGUGGGGAGGUGCAGACGGAUGAUGCGCAGACGCUGCGUCUGCUGUCGGUCUUCAUACGCAUCGCGCUGCUGGAGUCGCCGUCGCUGGCCCAGCUGACCCGGCGCAAUCCUAGUCAGGGCAUCCGGAAGCUGUUUCGCAUCAUACGAUUUCUGUUCUUUAGACGUUAGCUGAUUGAGCUGGUUAGCUCACGUAGGUCUUAUGUUCAAUAAAUCGACCAGAGCCAAGCGCCCCCACAACGA